AUGGAGCUACCUCCCCGCGGCCGGGCUCCGCCCGACUCGCCGCUGGACAGCUGCUCCCUGACCUCGCUGGAAUCCAGCGUCUUCUGCAGCGAGGGUGAAGGGGAGCCCCUGGCGCUCGGGGACUGCUUCACGGUCAACGUGGGCGGCAGCCGCUUUGUGCUCUCGCAGCAGGCGCUGUCUUGCUUCCCGCACACGCGCCUUGGCAAGCUGGCCGUGGUGGUGGCCUCGUGCCGGCGCCGCGGGGCUCUAGCCGCCGUGCCCAGCCCCUUGGAGUUCUGCGACGACGCCAAUCCCGUGGACAACGAGUACUUCUUCGACCGCAGCUCUCAAGCGUUCCGCUACGUCCUGCACUACUACCGCACCGGCCGCCUGCAUGUCAUGGAGCAGCUGUGUGCGCUCUCCUUCCUGCAGGAGAUCCAGUACUGGGGCAUCGAUGAGCUCAGCAUCGACUCCUGCUGCAGGGACAGAUACUUCAGAAGAAAGGAGCUGAGUGAAACUUUAGACUUUAAGAAGGACACAGAAGACCAGGAAAGUCAACAUGAGAGUGAACAGGACUUCUCACAAGGACCUUGUCCCACUGUCCGCCAGAAGCUCUGGAACAUCCUGGAGAAACCUGGGUCUUCCACAGCUGCCCGAAUCUUUGGAGUCAUCUCCAUCAUCUUCGUGGUAGUGUCCAUCGUCAACAUGGCCCUGAUGUCAGCCGAGUUAAGUUGGCUGGACCUGCAGCUGCUGGAAAUCCUGGAGUACGUGUGCAUUAGCUGGUUCACCGGGGAGUUUGUCCUGCGCUUCCUAUGCGUGCGGGACAGGUGCCGCUUCCUGAGAAAGGUGCCAAACAUCAUAGACCUCCUUGCCAUCUUGCCCUUCUACAUCACUCUUCUGGUAGAGAGCCUGAGUGGGAGCCAGACCACACAGGAGCUGGAAAACGUGGGGCGCAUCGUCCAGGUUUUGAGGCUGCUCAGGGCUCUGCGCAUGCUAAAGCUGGGCAGGCAUUCCACAGGAUUACGCUCACUUGGGAUGACAAUCACUCAGUGUUAUGAAGAAGUUGGCCUACUGCUUCUGUUUCUGUCUGUGGGAAUUUCUAUAUUUUCUACUGUGGAGUACUUUGCAGAGCAAAGCAUUCCUGACACAACCUUCACAAGUGUCCCUUGUGCAUGGUGGUGGGCCACAACAUCCAUGACUACCGUGGGAUAUGGGGACAUUAGACCAGACACCACCACAGGCAAAAUCGUGGCCUUCAUGUGUAUAUUAUCGGGAAUCCUUGUCUUGGCCUUGCCUAUUGCUAUUAUUAACGACCGCUUCUCUGCUUGCUACUUCACCUUAAAGCUCAAGGAAGCAGCUGUUAGACAGCGUGAAGCUCUGAAGAAGCUUACCAAGAAUAUAGCCACUGACUCAUAUAUCAGCGUUAACUUGAGAGAUGUCUAUGCCCGGAGUAUCAUGGAGAUGCUUCGAUUAAAAGGCAGAGAAAGAGCAAGUACUAGGAGCAGUGGAGGAGAUGAUUUCUGGUUUUGA